AUGCCCUCAGAUGCCAUUAUCAGUGCGGCCCCUCCGGAGGCAGCACCACAAGCACAUCGGAGUGAAGCCGGCACGGGACGCUUCAUUCGCUUCUCUGGAGGUGGGUAUGGGAGAGAGAGAGAGAGAGAGACUCCACCUUGGGCGCAGCAGCCCAAGGGUUGCAGCCCUAGCUCGCACCCACCGCACCGCAGGCCAGGUAGCGCGCUCCGGCUUCCGCCCCUCCCCAGAGCGCGUGCGCAGCCACGCCCCUUCCCUGGAUCAGUCCCUGGUGAAGUCGUCCCUUUCCAGUUACAGGAUUCGGGCGGGGCCAGAAGAGCGCAGGCGCAACGGGAAGCGGAAGUAGGAACUGGGGAAGGAAGGAGGGAAGGGGUUUGCCCCGCUUCGCUAAGUGCGUCGCGCUUGUCCUCCUCCCGCGGGAAGAGGCGGGUGCCCGCGCUGGCCAGGCUCCUCCCCUCCCCGCCCCCGCCCCGGAGCUGCCCGCGGCUGCCUUCUCCGCCCGCUGCGAUGGCGCUCGACCCCGCAGACCAGCAUCUCAGACAUGUUGAAAAAGAUGUUUUGAUCCCUAAAAUAAUGAGAGAAAAGGCCAGAGAGAGGUGUUCUGAACAAGUUCAAGAUUUUACCAAAUGUUGCAAAGACUCUGGAAUCCUGAUGGUAGUAAAAUGUCGGAAAGAAAAUUCUGCAUUGAAAGAAUGUUUAACUGCUUACUAUAAUGAUCCAGCCUUCUAUGAAGAAUGCAAAAUGGAAUACCUGAAUGAAAGGGAAGAAUUCAGAAGAACUGGAAUUCCUAGAAAGAAAAGGCUACAGAAGCUUCCUACAAGCAUGUAGGCAAAUAUUCAAAUGUCAGGAACUCUCUUAUUCAUAGAAAUUAUCUGUGGUAUAAAUCAUGUGAAAUAAUGGAUUCAAGAUAAUAAUGUAUGCUUCCUUUAUCCUAAUUAAAAAUACUAAUUAUAUAUGAAAUAAAGACUUUUAUUCAAAA